AAAUGGCGGUGCUACUGGAAACGACGCUCGGUGAUCUUGUGAUUGAUUUGUACACGGAGGAGCGGCCUCGGGACAGUAACAGGAAAACCAAGAAUUAUAAUAAAAUCUGAAAGACCAUGUCCAACAGGAUGGACAAGCAACCAAUGUACAAAAGGCAAACUAUGCAACUACAAAACAAAAAAAAAUAUGAAUAUGCAGUAAAUAUUGAGAACAUGAAGAGUCCUUGAAAGUGCGUCCAUAGGCUGUGGGAGCAAUUCAGUGAUGAGCCUGUUUGAAUUUUCUGAAGCUUUGUAAAAUCAAGUAUUAUAACUACUGUCUCAUCCACAAUGUUCAGGGUGAAGUUGUGAUUCUGAAAUUUUGAAAAAUGUGGGAGCAUAAGAAUGACGGCUGUUGAUUGCUUUAUAACUCCAAUUUGGUCAAGCUUCCACAGAGAGGCUUCAUUAUACAAACUGGUGACCCAACUGGAAGUGGUCGUGGAGGCGAAUCUAUCUUUUGCAAACUGUAUGGAGAUCAGGCCCGAUAUUUUGAGGCAGAAAAGGUGCCCCGGAUAAAGCACAAGAAAAAGGGAACAGUAUCCAUGGUGAAUAAUGGUAAUGAUCAGCAUGGUUCUCAGUUCUUAAUUACUGUGGGAGAAAAUUUGGAUUACCUCAAUGGUGUACAUACGGUGUUUGGUGAGGUGACUGAAGGCAUGGAUGUUCUAAUGAAGAUCAGUGAAGCAUUUGUCGACAAGGAUUUCUGUCCAUAUCAAGAUAUUAGGAUAACCCAUACGGUAAUACUGGAAGAUCCAUUUGAUGACCCUCAAGAUUUACAAAUUCCAGAUCGCUCACCAGAGCCCACCAAAGAACAACUUGAUAGUGGCAGAAUAGGAGCUGAUGAAGAAAUAGAUGAUACCAAGGGAAAAACUGCAGAGGAAAUUGAAGAAGUAUUGGCAGAGAAAGAAGCAAAUACACGGGCCAUUCUGCUAGAAAUGGUUGGAGAUUUGCCAGAUGCAGAAAUAAAGCCCCCUGAGAAUGUGCUGUUUGUCUGUAAACUCAAUCCAGUUACCACAGAUGAAGACUUGGAAAUCAUUUUUUCAAGAUUUGGACCAAUCAGAAGCUGUGAGAUCAUUCGAGACUGGAAAACUGGAGAAUCUCUCUGCUAUGCCUUCAUUGAGUUUGAAAAGCAAGAAGACUGCGAAAAGGCUUAUUUUAAGAUGGAUAAUGUGUUGAUAGAUGACAGAAGGAUCCACGUGGACUUCAGCCAAUCUGUAGCUAAGGUUCAGUGGAAGGGGAAAGGUGGAAAGUAUACCAAGGAAGAUUUUAAAGAGUAUGAGAAGAAUGUUGGCAAGUCUUCGAGCAUUGCACUGAAGGAUAAAGUACAACCUAAGCAGGACUCUAGAUAUGAACUGUUGCCAGAUGAGGCUGAGGCCAGUGGAAGUCACCGACACAGCAAAAAACAUCACAAGGAUAAACGGCAUCACCGCCAUUCAGAAGGAGGAAGUGACAAACGGAAGGCAGCAAAACACAAGGCAGUUGCUGAGAGAGAGCCCCAACAGCACAGAAGCACAGAUACCAACCAUGAAAAAAAGAGGGAUCAAAAGAAGCGUGAGCAUUAUAGAAGUCGAAGCAGUAGUGAAUCCGAAGAGAAAGAUUACCACAAACAUAGUAAGAGUAAAAAGAAGUCCAAAUAUCGGGAAGAAACGGAAGGAAGGAGGAGCAGAAGUCCUAAAAGAUCUAAGAAAAUAUCCCGAAUGUAGCAAAGCAAGAGUGGAAUGCAAAUAGAUAACUAUUUCUUAUGCAAUGGUGUCAAUUUCUUUUUCAUUUCUUAAAAUGUAAAUAAAAUAUGCAGUAUGGUGUA